AUGAUCAUCCCACGUGUGCCGGAGCCGGGGGCGCUGCCGCCCGCAUCGCUCGCGUGUGCCGGGAAGCAGGAUCUGGGAUCGGGAUGGGCAGCGCGGCCAGGCCGCUGCGGGUGCUCGUGGACAUGGACGGAGUCCUGGCCGACUUCGAGGGCGCGGUGCUGCGGGAAUUCCGCGCCCGCUUCCCGGCGGAGCCGCGCGUGGAGCUGGCGGAGCGCAGGGGCUUCUCGGUGCGGGAGCAGUACCGCCAGCUGCGGGAGGACCUGGAGGCUAAGGUAGCCAGUGUCUAUGAGUCGCCUGGCUUCUUCCUGAAGUUGGAUCCGGUUCCAGGAGCCCUUGAAGCUAUGAAAGAGAUGAUCCACAUGCAGGACACCCAGGUCUUCAUUUGCACGAGUCCUCUCCGGAAAUACGAGCACUGCAUUGUGGAAAAGUAUAAGUGGGUAGAGAAACAUCUGGGGCCCGAGUUUGUGGAGAGGAUUAUUCUGACCCGAGAUAAGACCGUCGUAGCUGCUGACCUGCUGUUUGACGACAAGGACACCAUCCAAGGCGCAGAACCGAACCCGAGCUGGGAGCACAUCCUGUUCACCUGCUGCCACAACAGGCACGUCCAGCUGCCGGCCCCGCGCCGGCGCCUGCUCUCCUGGGCGGACAACUGGAAGGCCAUCCUGGAAAGCAAGCGCAGGCAGUAGGGCAGGAAGGGGAUGCUGUGCCCUUCCCAGUGCCAGGGAAACCCAUUCCCAGGAGCCAGGGAGCACCAUCACCUCGGGGUCAGUUAUAACGACUAGUGAGCUGCCCCUGUCAGACUUGGUACAGAGCUGGCUGUCCCCGGGUUUCUGGAAGAUUCCUCUGCACUCAGUUCACCUCUGUAGCAUUUGGGUGUUUGCUGUUGGAGAAGAGAAACUGUAAAACACAAGCAGCUGUGGGUUGGUUGGAUUUUUGUGUGUGUGUUUAACCUCACUCCUGUUUGGUUUGCGCUGUCUGUGGGUGGAGAGGAGGAAAAAAAGAGGAAGAAGGAAAGCUCUUGAAACUUGAGCAGACACAGCGUGGGUGUCUGUCAGGGGGCACUGGGCUCAACAGCCAAACCUUCUAAAUUUUAUGUAUUUAGCCACCCUGGCUUUUGGGUUUUCUCUUGCCUCAUUGGCUGAUCAUGAAAGGAGACCAAGCUGGCCUCGAUUUCUGGCCCAUGUGCUUGAGUAAGAGUGGGCAAAGGCUGCAAAUGCUGCAGAGAAAUAUUUAUGAGCUCAUACAGAACUGAUUACACAGCAUUCAAGU